GUAUAUCGCGGGCUAUACUGGAAUCGGAAAUUAUCGUUGCUUUCCUUUCUUGUGUGGCGAAGCCGGUACGACAUACGUAUACAUUAGUCUCGAUAAGCCACAGCCACGACGAGGUAGGGAGCCAGCAGCUCCGGAAUUCAUCUCGAAGUGAGACGGCCGAAUUGCAGAGCGUUUCUUUCUGAUCGUGCGACGGUCGCCAAUUAGGAUAGAGAGAAGCGCUCAUUGAACCGUUUACGGUUAGUGUCUGAUACAGCAGUCCGGUGGACGUUAAUACGGCGAAAGCGCGGACACGAUGGCGGCGGUAGAGGGUUAUCAAAAUCAAGCGCAAUGCGAGACACAAUCGAAUCAGGAGCAGUCUUCGAGUCAUCAAGGCCAAAUGGAUCAGCAGGACCAACAAAGUCCGCAAGGCAAUCAGCAGAUGCAACAACAGGACCAUCAUUUGCAGCAGUCCCAACAUCACUCCUCACACCCACAAGCAACCGCCGGUAUCCCUGGCAAGGACGACGAACGCAAGCUCUUCGUCGGUGGACUCUCUCGCAAUACCACAGAUAAGGAACUGCGCGAUCAUUUCAGCAAGUUUGGUGAAAUCGAGAGUAUUACUGUCAAGAUCGAUCCACACACCGGCAUUUCACGUGGUUUCGCCUUCAUGGUGUUCACUAAUGCCAAGGCUAUCGACAAGCUGCUUGCAUCUGGAGAGCAUUAUAUCAAUAAGCGUAAAGUAGAUCCGAAACGAGUCAGUAAGAAACCCCAGCACGGUAAAAUCUUCGUAGGUGGCCUCACUCCUGAGAUCACGGAUGAUGAUAUCAAAACAUAUUUCGGACAGUAUGGCACCAUUGUUGAGCUGCAAGCACCUUUCGACAAAAUCAAGAAUCAACGGAAAGGCUUCUGCUUUAUCACGUUUGACUCAAAGGAAGUAGUUUACAAACUACUGAAGACACCGAAACAAACGAUAAAUGGUAAAGAAGUCGAUGUGAAAAAAGUAAAAGUUAAUCCGGAUCCGAGAGGUCAAGGCUUCUGGGCACCUGGUUAUGGAUAUGGUUAUGGUGGUGGAUACGGAUAUAUUCCCGACUAUAAUGGUUACCAUGGCGGAUAUGAAGACAUGUAUGCGAAUUACGAUUACGCUGGAUAUGAUGGCUAUGAUAAUAUGGGAUAUGCACAGCCUAAGCCACGAGGCAAUGGUCCAGGGCCUCGUCAGUUUCAGAGACAUCAACCGUAUUAAGCAUAAGGAGGUAUAUUGAAUCCUAUGCACGUUAUACCCGGUGAUAAGAUUUAACACAUCUAGAAAGAGUUAGGUUAAUUGCGUCUAUAAAUGAUCCAGUCCGAGACUGAGGCUGUUUUUGGGGUUACAGGGAGUGUCAUAAAGAUAAAAAAACUUAUCGACUAAAAUUCAGAAUAUCGUGUAUGUAAUUGAGAGGAAGCUAAAAAAGGCAAAAAAAAAAUGUCCUGCACAAUAUAUUUGAUAUGAAUUAACUGAGCAGAAAUCAUUCUGCAUUAUAGUUGAUUCAUGAUCAACAUUGAAAGGACUGGUUGCUCGUUAUCAUGUCUUUUUCUCUGAAAACUUAUUACUAAAAUUGGCGAUCAUUUUGGUUUUGCAGAACAAAAUUUUGAAGGGAAGUAUAUAACAAAUAUGUUUGAAGGUAGAAAGAGGACAUACUUGAUAUUUUUCCUUGUACAGUAGGACGCUAAAAAAUGUAUGGAAUACUUUGAGGGUAAAAAAUAUACUUGAUCUUUUCUUCCACACAAAUGACAGAGCUAACGACAUGAUAUUUCGUACAGAGCUUUUAUUCAAUUUAAUGAAUCUUUCGCUGUAUGAAAUGAAGCAGAAUUUGUAUAAUUGCGAAACUGUAACCAAUUCUAAUGCCUGUUAUGGAAAAGUUUUGAACAGGAGGAGACGCACUUCACACAUUUGUAUCUGCUCUCGUUAUUCAUGAUGUUUAAUUGACUAACAUUUAUAAGUAAUAAUUUAAUACUCCUAAUUUUCUUUAGAAAUUUAAGUUUAUCCCUCAUUACUCAAGUUUGCUUAGCUUUUUCUUUGCGUAGUGUUAUCUUUAUGCGAAUAAUAAAAUUCAUGGUGUAUAGCAUGUACACAACAUAUAUGAUAAAACAUAAAAAUUGCCUUAUUUACAUACCUUUUUUUGACCUCCGCACGUUAUAAUUAAAUAAUAGACUUACAAAAAUAAAACAUUCAAUGACCAAGGGAUCUAUUUCUACAUAAAAAUAUUUCUUCCUCGUAAAAUUGAAUCUUAUAACUAUACAGCUUAUCAUAAUGGUUAAUAGUUCUUCUAGUUAAUAAGUCUUGUAACUUGUAACUUAUCUUCAGAUUGUAAGUAAUGAAAUAUGUACGUAUAUGUUAUAUGUAUGUAUGUAUAUACGGAAUGUUCACAUACGUACAUAUGUACAUGUAUGUGUAUCUGUGUAUGACUAUUAUGGAUUUAUAAAAUUAGAAUUUAGAUGAUAAAUGCAAAAAAAAGAGAAAAAUAUAAAAAAGAAUAUAAUUAAAAUAUGAACGUCCUGGGUAUAUACAUGAAGUGCACGCAAACGACUCGACCAUUUCGAGGAAAUAGUUCGACAGAUUGAAAUGCUUAUUUGCAGCACAGUAUCACGCGAAUGUAUUAGGGUUUAUCAGUGUUUUCCGUGUUUUGAUCUGUCGAAGGUAUUGCGUUCCUCCUUGCGACUGCAUCACUUAUGGUCGACAAAUCAAUCAUCAAAAACUCUUAGCUGCCAUUCGAUGAAACAGCGUAUCUGUAGUCACAAAGGAAAGAAAGAAGAACAUUGAAGUGUAAUCGUUAAUUACUUAUAUGAUAUUUACGCAGCAUCAUACCACUAUCAUUGUCUUGAAUGUGUCAUAGUAAAAAUCUAUUGCCAUAGUUAAUUGUCCGGCAAUGAAUUCGUCUUCAAUAAGAUCUAUCUUGAGAGACGGAAUUUCAUCACUCUCGUGUCGUCUGUGUGUGCUCGGUUUGUAUAAAAAAAAAAGAAAAAAAAAGAGGAAU